UGUCCUGGAGUUGCUAAAAUCUGUUCUUCUUGCAGAGCUCUACAUACGAAUCAAUUUACGAACCCAUUACUCCUCGCCCCUCAAGUCAAAUGUCUAACAAGUCAGGCUACAGCCUCUAUGGGCCCUACACUUCACCAAGAGCUAGGGGUUUGGCUCCAGCUCCCACAAAUCAACCAUUGCUCAAUCCUGAUAAAGUUGGCAAGGAAGCUGAAGUGGAUGCACUUACUAACCUGUUAGUGCAAUCCAUGGACAGUACCAAUGACCCAGAGUUCUUUGGUGCGUAUGACUCGUGUAUCUGCACACGGUGUGGAGAGAAAGUAGUGGGUGAAGGCACUGGAUGCACUGCAAUGGAACAUGUGUACCACAUAAAGUGUUUUGUCUGUAUUGUAUGCCAUCUCCAGUUGCAGGGCAAACCUUUCUAUGCUCUAGACUCAAAACCUUAUUGUGAAGAUUGCUACUUGAACACACUGGAAAAAUGCUGUGUAUGUACCAAGCCUAUCCUGGACCGAAUUUUGCGCGCAACUGGAAAACCCUAUCAUCCGCAGUGCUUCACUUGUGUUGUUUGUAACAAGUCUCUUGAUGGCAUUCCAUUCACAGUUGAUGCUUCUAAUCAAAUUCACUGUAUAGAUGACUUUCAUAAAAAGUUUGCUCCUCGAUGCACUGUGUGUAAAGAACCUAUCAUGCCUGAACCUGGGAAAGAUGAAACUGUCAGAGUUGUGGCACUUGAUCGCUCAUUCCAUGUCAACUGCUACAAGUGUGAGGAUUGUGGGCUGGUAUUAUCUUCCGAGGCUGAAGGACGAGGGUGCUACCCCCUGGAUGGACAUGUACUGUGCAAGAGUUGCAAUGCCCGGAGAGUGCAGGCCAUUACGUCAAAAGUCACAACAGAUCUGUAGAUUACAAACCCCCUUUUCCUCUUGUACUAGCCAUCAAGUUAUUAUAAUACUCUUAUUGUUACUUGCCUUGUACUAGCUAUCAGUUUUUGUAAUAUCUUAGUCACAGGUUCUUAGGAUCCCAUUCAUGCAAUUAUUACUGUAUUUGCAUUGUAGUUACUGCAAGCUCUCACUUUGCUUACAAUUUUGUAUGCUUGGUAUGAGCUAUAUAGGUGCAAGGGCAUAUAAACAUUAAACAGCAGUAGGUUCAUUAAAAAUCAUGUGAUUUUAGAGCAUAUCUGUACGAAUUUUGUUUUGUUGUAAUACUUAAUCUGUACUGAACAUAUAUGAUCCUGUUAUCUAUUAUUUCAGUAGAUUAAUACAGAUUUCAUGAUGUAUAAAAUGUUACUUUUAACCACAUAUAUACCAUAUUUCACUAUUACUGGUAUUUUGUUUGGAAAAUUAAAAUUUCUGCUUAAUUGCAGAGAGAUCUUACAUGACUUUGGUAUGUAUAGUACUGUUGUAUAAGUGUACAUGUUACAUUACUUUAUGAACCUUUAAUUUUUCAAUGGAAUAUAGUGGUGAGAUUUUUUCAAGCUAAUGUGAACUUUCUCAUUUUCUUUAAUUACAUCAAUAAUUUGUUGGCAGGAUAUACUGUAUGUAUGUAUAUGCAUAUAAUGCACACUUCAGGUAGAAAUUAUUUUAAAAUUCUUAAACAUUCCUUCUUGCACAUGCAAAACCAUUAAUCCAAACUUGUCUUCCAAGGUGUAGUAUUACAUCAGUAGCACAUGCUAAGCUUGCAAACUAAUGGCAGUCAAGAUGCAUCUUCCAGCACUAUCUCCAUUCCUGUGUAUGCAGUGCUAGUGUGGUGCCCUUGCCUAGUAUAAAACAAUGAGUCUGGGCAGAAUAAAAAGGCUGGUGCCUGAACUGAGCUAUAGUGAGAACUACACCUUUCGUCAUUAGGGGAGUAAAUAAAGGGAUAUGGUCACAGCAUAAAUAUUAAUAAUGGUAGAAUUACUAACAAUAUACUAGGUAAAAGGACAUAUGCAACUGUGACAUUAAUAUGUAAUUAGCUGUAUGCUUUUACCUAACAUAAAUACUAUGUUUAACAAGGAUAGACUACCAGGGAUAUAAAUUGAAUAUAGUUGCUUACACCCAAACAAUAAUUAUUACAAUCAAAACUGCUUAGCACUUCUUUCUGAUUAUAAUAAUAAUACAAUCAAAACUAAGCACUAAACCUACAAGGAUCAUACAACAAACAGCCAAAUAAGCCAUGGUGAUAUUAGGAAGUAUUUCUUAAAUCUGUCUGUUGGAUUUUCAAGGAAAUUGCCACUUUCUUGGCAUACUGGACACCUUAAUAAACAAGAAGCUGCCAUAAUAUUCAGUACUUUGUGGAUAAAUUCUUAUAAUUAGCAAAUGCUACUCAUUAAAUAUUUCCAAAUUAGGGACUUCUUGUUGUAGUGUUAUAAUCAUAAAGAAGCGACAAACUCAGAGACUUGGAAAGAUCAUUUCUGAUGCUCGUAAAUGACUAUAGUGUAUAUGAUUCACAUAGCUUGUGUAGGGAUUCCUAAGUGCUAACCAGAUCCUCAACUCUUAAACUACAUGUUUUAUUAAGCUAUUACUGAAGGAAGACGUGUAAAUUACAGUACAACAUUCAGACAAAUGCAUUUUUUUUUUUUUUCCAACAAGUCGGCCGUCUCCCACCGAGGCAGGGUAGGAGGUUGGUAGACAGCAACCACCCAGGGAGGUACUACCGUCCUGCCAAGUGAAUGUAAAACAAAAGCCUGUAAUUGUUUUACAUGAUGGUAGGAUUGCUGGUGUUUAUUUUGUCUGUCUCAUAAAUAUGCAAGAUUACAGGCAUGUCUUGCUACUUCUACUUACACUUAGGUCACACUACACAUACAUGUACACGUUUAUUUAUACACACUCAUCUGAGUUUUUUUAUUUUAUCUUAAUAGUUCUUGGUCUUAUUACUUUUCCUUUUAUAUCCAUGGGGAAGUGGAAUAAGAAUCUUUCCUCCGUAAGCCAUGCGUGUUGUAAAAGUCAACUAAAAUGCCGGGAACGAUGGGCUAGUAACCCCUUAUCCUGUAAAGAUUACUAAAAAUAAGAAGAAAAAAAUGCAUAUAUAUUAAAUUAAACACAAUAUGGAAUACAGUAAUCAAAAUGAAUAAUUUUCACACAGUGCACAUUGAGUGAAAAACUACAUUUGAGUAUAAAUUAAAACUUCAUUUUCAUUAAGAACUUUGUUUAUUAUUAAACUAAGUGUUUAAAAAUGCAAACACUAAAUUAAUUAAAUAUAUAAAAGAUAAAGUACUGUAAAGUAGUAGUAUAAUUUAGGAAAAUAUUUACAAAUUACUUAUUUUAAAUGACUAUGCAUUAAACUUUAUUACUGGUAUGAUGGAGAAAAUAUCCUAAUUUAUUAUCAUGGCACUGCACUGUAUGACCCUUGUAGGUUUAGCACUGCUCUUGCUUAAUUAUCAUGGCAGAUAAAUGAGACUAUUCACCAUUUUUUCUGAACGUAAUACAUUGCUCAUUUUGCAAAAUAAAACCAUACAACUACUUGUAUUUUGAUGGCUAAUUUGUAACAGAACCUGUGUUUAUAGUAUAUUUUAAUAUAUACUAAUAUAUAUACACACACUAAGCUGCGCUGUAUGACCCUUGUAGGCUUAGCGUUUCUUUGAUGAUAAUCAUGAUGUUUUAAGAGUAGGCAUGGUAGGGCCCACAAGGCUAGGAGUGAGAAUCUGGCAUGGUGAGGCUAGGAGAUGAGGCUCGGCCCCCCUGCAACCACAUGUGGGAGAGUGUAUACACAGUACAAUAUGGAUGAAUGGGUUUGCUUAAAGAACCAAGAAUUUUUUUGAGGGACUGUAUCAGUUUAUGCUAGAGAUGUGCCACAUUAGUGAUCUACAAUGAGUAUAACCCCAGUGUCGCAUGUAAAUAAUUACGUCUAAGGGUCACAGCUGGCAUUGUCAAUCAUUCGGGAUGCAGAUGACCAAAAUCUUCCUCGGCUCAAAUCUUUGCUUUGUGGAUUUUAAUCAUUUAAAGUUUAUGUACUCAGUUACAGAACUACUAAUAAUGGAGGAAAUAUUGUGGUCAGCUGGGUCCUAAUUACUUGUCUUUGAAGUGAAAAAUUUGCUGUACUUGGGUCAGAAGACAUUAGGGAAAAUGAAAAAUAUCAUUAUUCUACUUGUAAAGAGUGAAAUUAAAUAUUCAUAUGUGAGGAAAUGUGUAAAGCUGAUUAACUGCAUGUUCAUCUGUACUAUAAUUUUUUAAACCAUUUGUUGAUAUGUCACCCUCUAAAAAGUAUAUAAUCUUUUUAAUCACCAAUACUGUCAUAAUUCAAUAAAAUGUCUAUAUA